AUGCAAUCUCAAUUUAAUAAUGGUAAAUUAAGUCAACAAUCAGGUCAUCAUGCACAUGUACAUUAUCUUUUUAACAAUCUUAUUUCUAAUUUAUACAAUCAACCAUUAUAUCUUGAUUUAUUAAAUACAUGGAGAACUUUAUAUGAAGUAUCAUAUAAAUCUAAUAGUUCAAUCUAUAAUUCUGUAAUUAAUCAUUCAUUAUUAAAAACAAAAUCAAUUCAUUUUGAAAUAAAAAAUCCUAAAUAUGUAUUUAUUUUAACAUUAUGUAUUUUAAUUCUUUUAUUAUUAAAUUUUUCUCUAUGCAUAUUUUUGGCACGACGUGGACAUGGUUGUCGAAAACGUGAAUAUAAUUGUCUUAAUGGACAUACACAAUUAAAUAUUGAAAAAUCACAACAACAACAACAACAACAACAUGGUGGAUCAUCACCAUCAAGUACGAAUAGUAAUGGAACAAUAACACAACAAUUAAUUGUUAAUACAAAUUAUAUAACAACAGAUAGUAAUCUUAGCAAUACACCACCUAUUGAUAUUUUACAUCCAAUAAAUAUAACAAAGAAGAAUGGUAUAUUACGAAGUUCAUCAAUAAAAAAAUCAUCACUAUUACCUGAAGCAAUUGUAUAG